ACAUGUCACACCACACACUCAUGCAUCACGCAACUUCCGUUUUCACAAAAUCAUAUGUUUUGGCUCAUGAUCAAAUCGCCGACCACAUCAGUUCACACUUGGUUUCAAGUUGGGUUUGUAUUCACUGAGUUUGGGCAAAAACUCUCACCAUGGAUCUCACGAUAUUUUAUAUCUUUUCAUGUAUGACUGCUAUUAUACCUGUAAGUCUUUCAGAAUCUACAGCGACCAUUUUCGAGUCCAAAAGUCUUCCACAAAAUUACCUGAUGGCGUCUGUUGGCAAUGGAUUCAUUGCUACAAAUGUCUAUAGCGACACCAUUUAUGCAGCGGGAAUAUUCAACGGUCGAGGAACAACAUCGCCUAGUCAUCGUGCCCGGAUCCCUUCCACAUGUGAUAUAAAACYACGUACAAACGUACCAAAGACUACAAAGCUAUGGAGCCUUGAUGUUGCUCAAGCAGUGUUUAAAUACACAGAAAAUGCUACUAACUUCACCYUGGAACAGAGAAUCUACGCUCACAGAAUUCGAGAACACAUCAUCGUUAAUGAAAUUCACGUUUUCAAUUCACAGGAAGAAGACAUUUUAGUAGCUUUUGAUACAAGCUUUCGUCCAAUCAGCGACGAUUUUGACUUUCAAAACACUUCCGUCUUACAAAUGCAAAAGUUUGAACGGCUGGACAACGUUUCAUCACUUCGAGGCAGCUACAGGGUCAUUCAAGGUCACAUAAAGCAAACAGAGGAACCGGACAGCGCGCGGUUUGGAGUCGCGGUUGUAUGGACUGAAGCCCCUAAGGAACCUGUAACUAUUCCAAAACACUCGUCUCAGAAAUGGUACUUUGUAACGUCUCUAUCGACAAGUCUUAACUMUGAAGACUUUGUUGGCGAUGCAUACCGAUCGUACUCGUCUGCAGUCAAUAGUCUUGAGGAGUUAUUCGAGACUCAUGUAAAGGCAUGGACCGAGUUGUGGGAUCAAGGACGUAUUGAAGUGGACGGUGAUUUGAAGCUAUCGCAGGCUGUUUACGGCAGUCUAUACUAUAUAUUGAGUUCCCUUCGUCCAACAUGGCCGUAUGGUUUAAGUCCAGGAGGACUAGCGAGUAAUGGUUACAAUGGACAUACAUUUUGGGAUCAGGAAACAUGGAUGUAUCCACCUCUUGUUUUAUUAUUUCCCGAUAUGGCUCGUUCUUGUCUUGAAUAUCGCUUUCAAMGACUACAGACAGCAAGGGAUAGAGCAAAACAAAAGUCAUAUAAAGGUGCCAUGUUUCCCUGGGAGAGUGCCGUGACGGGAAAUGAAGUCUGCCCUGGUGAUAUCUACUCUGAUUAUGAACAACAUAUCACCGCUGACAUCGGUAUUGCUGCCAAGCAGUACUGGAUGGCAACACAUGACACCAACUGGCUCAAGGAGACUGGCGCCGAUCUCAUUAAUGCCACAGCUGAAUUCUGGGCCAGUAGAGUGAAAUAUAACCAAUCCCAGGAUGCUUAUGUCAUAUAUGACGUCAUGCCUCCUGAUGAAGACCGAGGUGUCGUUAAUAAUUCUGUUUACACCAAUGUCAUAGCGAAACUCAAUCUAGAGUUCGCCUCAAAGAUCGUUAAGGAGGCUCCAAAGGAAUGGGUUACCAUAGCAACUAAGAUGUACAUUCCUUUUGACAAGGAAAAACAGUAUCAUCCUGAAUACGACGGGUAUAGCCUCGAUAUCAUGGUCAAACAAGCGGACGUUAUCCUACUGGGGUUCCCUUUGAUGUUUAAUAUGAGUACCCGGGUAAGAAUAAAUGACCUUGGGCUGUACGAGCCUCGUACUAAUCCCAAUGGACCGGCAAUGACGAAAUCAAUGUUCGCCAUUAAUUGGCUCGAUGUUGGCGAAGUUAGCAAAGCUGAGCGUUCAUUUACAAAAAGCUAUGCAAACGUACAAGAGCCUUUCAAAGUCUGGACAGAAACYCCAGGGGGAGGUGCUGUGAAUUUUAUCACUGGCGCUGGGGGGUUCKUACAGGCUGUUUUGUUCGGGUAUGCUGGAUUGAAACUACACGAAGACUAUCUAGAAUUCAAUCCCAGGCUGUUACCAAAUACCACAAGCAUAAAAAUCAUUGGUUUAGAUUACCUUGGCAACAAUCUUGACGUCAUUGUUGGAACGACAGCAUCAGACAUUACUGUCACAUCAAGAUCAAGCUCGUCCCCAGCUUUAGAGGCUGUGGUCAAUGCAACGCAAAAGACAUAUCCACUUGAAGUUGGCAAUGUCGUGAAGUUUGACAACGGACUUAUUUACAUACGAGUUCUUAAGGAAAGCGGCAGGGAGAGAAAAGCUGAUAGAAAAAGUAGCCAAGAAAUUGUAUUUUAGCAUAUUUGAUUGUCAACCGCCCUUUUCUUUUUUUGUUUUGUAGUUAGAUUCGACUCGUUUUGAGAUUUGUUUUUAAUAUGAUUUAAAUAGAAUCAUUGAAUUUUUUUCAUUUGCACAAUAGCUAAUAAACUUUUUUUUCUACCAA